AUGACUUUUAAUGAGCGGCGGGGGGGGGCCCACCCCCUCCCCCAGCCCGAUGCGGGGCCGUGGCGGCGGAGGCGGUGCCGGUCCCGCGGGGCUGCGCCGGCCGCGGCCUGGAAAGUUUCGCGGCGUUUUUGGGGUGCCUUGCCCCCCCCCCCACCGCCGCCGCCCACCCUCCGCCCGCGGCCGUGGUGCCGGUGCCGGCAGGGCGGGGGCACCCCGGGAUGCGGUCGCGGCCCCCCCGCCCGUCCUGUGCCCCCCUGCCUCCCCCCCCCCCCCCCCGGUGACCCCCUCCGGCCGGGCCGGCGGUGGGCGGAUUCGCCGCACAACUUUUUGGGAGGGAGUGGGGGUGCGGAGAUGCCCUCGCAGUGCCCCCCCCCACACCCUACAAGCUGCCGGAACGUGUGGCCCCGGCCCGGCCCCCGGGGCCGGGGGCGAGGGGCAGGGGGUGUCCCGGCCGCACCUUCGCGCCCCGACACGUGCGGGGCUGGCGGCCGCCAGAGCCCCGCCGGGGCUGGGCAGGGGUCCCUCAGGCACCCGCACUGUCCCGGGACCCGCUGGCGUUAUCGGGACAUGGGCAGCAGCGCACUGGCCCCUCAGCCAGAGGAGGGAAUCUCCUCAGCAGCCCCUGCACAACCAGGGCUGUGUCUGGCCGUGGGCCCCGGCCCCUCUCAUGUCCCCACUGGGGCACCCCGGCUGUCCCUGUGCGCCGGGGACCCGCUGGGCUGGGGGGGGUGUGUCUCUGUGAGGUGCUCAUGCCCCCCAGGACUGCAAAUGAAAGGAUCCUUUUUUUCAGGGAAAAGAACGUCUGGUAGUUGUGAAGUGAGUGCACUGGGAGACCCACCAACGCGCUUCACCCCGCACAGGUGA